CAACCACUUGAACAGACCCUACAAAAACAGAUGAGAGGGAAGACAGGAGCCCAAGGGAGAUGUUCUUUCCCCUCAAAGUAGGAACACCUCAGCCUGAGACAGACCCAGCAGGAAGGGCUCUGGGAGGCUGAAAGACUAGGCAGGACCGGUGCAAGGCUGGGGGAAAGGGAGGGACCAGCCCUGCACCAGUGGGUGUGGCUCCACCCUUCCCACCUCAGAGCCAUGGGGAGCCGGGGUCCUGGUGGGCUGCCCCUGGUGCAGGCCCCCUACACGGUUCUGCUGCUGCCACUGGAGACAAGCCGCCAAGACCCAGGGGCCCAGCGCUUCUUCCUCUGGCUGCAGAGGAUGCAGGCUCUGGAGCGGGAACAGGAUGCCCUGUGGCAGGGGCUGGAGCUGCUGGAGCAUAGCCAGGCCUGGUAUGAGGGCCGUCUGAGGGAGGCCCAGCAACAGCAGCUAUAUCUGGGGGCCCUUGGUGAGAAUUUUCCAGCAGAUUUACACUCAGAGCCUGGUGGCCCCCAGUUAGCCCAUAUUCAAAAGGUGAACAUCUGUUUGCAGAACCUGAUUCAGGGGAAGUUGUCCCCGCAUCCCCUGAACAAAGCUAGUUCCUGCGCCACCCAGGACUGGCAGGGAAGGCCAAGGAAGCAGAACGUGUGGCAGCAACAUGUAAGCAGUAGAGGAGUGGAGGGAGGGCGGAAGCCCUGGCCCUCAGUGGGAGGGAGGGCACAGACACCCAGACUGUCUCCCUCCUCUUCUCCAGGUGGUGUCAAGGCAGCAGAAAGGAGUCACUCAGCCAAAGGGGGAGAUGGCUCAGCCAGGCUGCCCCAGUGGACGGAGGGGCCCUACCCGUGUCUAAGGUCUCCUCUGGUUCCCCUCAGUUGUGCUGGCAAGGCUGAGUCAGAACCCCCAGCCUCCUUAUUCUGCUUCUUGACUCAAUAGCUGAAUGGCUCCAGGUGGCGGGUCAACUGAAAUCCAGACAUCUUGGUGUGAAGUUUCUUCUCCACUCCUGAAAACUUCCAUUUCAUCUUUUUGGUAUCUUACGCUCUCACUCUUCCCUAUAUGAUGUGCAUAAGUGAUCUAUCUUUGCAAUCCCUCUGGGGAGAAGACAUGUUUAUUGGCACUGUCCUUCAACUUUAAAUACAAAAAUAAAAUAUAAG